GUGAUCCGUCCUUUCAUCCUGGCGUUUGCCUGCAGCAAGAUGGCGGCGGUCUCAAUGUCAGUGGCACUGAGGCAGACGUUGUGGCGGAGAAGGGCAGUGGCUGUAGCUGCCCUUUCCGUUUCCAGGGUUCCGACCAGGUCGUUGAGGACUUCCACAUGGAGAUUGGCACAGGACCAGACUCAAGACACACAACUCAUAACAGUUGAUGAAAAAUUGGAUAUCACUACUUUAACUGGCGUUCCAGAAGAGCAUAUAAAAACUAGAAAAGUCAGGAUCUUUGUUCCUGCUCGCAAUAACAUGCAGUCUGGAGUAAACAACACAAAGAAGUGGAAGAUGGAGUUUGAUACCAGGGAGCGAUGGGAAAAUCCUUUGAUGGGUUGGGCAUCAACAAAUGGAGUCUUGCUUUGUUGCCUGGGCUGGUCUCGAACUCCUGGCUUCAAGCGAUCCACCCACCUCAGCCUCGAAAAGUACUGGGAUUACAGAAGUAGUACAAGACCUGGCCUGGAAAUUGUUAGAAAGGGGAGCUACCAAAUGGAAAACUGAAUCUACCCAGUUUCUGGAAAACAACAGAUGGAGGAACAUUUGGCUUCCAAACUUUUUCAUAUGUAAGAUAAUUUUUCUAAAUAAUCUUGCUCUGGUGGGUUGUAUAUUCUCAGUACUUCUCAAGAAAACAGAAGUCUCCCAUUAACUCUAACUUCAAAGAAUGAAUACCAGGUCAGAUUUCCCAAUGCACCUUAGUGUUUCAAGAGAUUCCUGGUGGUGCCUGCAUCUGUAAGAAUGGUCAUAUAUAGACAAAAUCAGUGGUUCUCAACUGAGGGUGCUUUUGUAUCCUUAAAACAUUUGCCCAGUGUGUGGAGACAUUCCUGGUUGUAAUAAGUGGUGGCUUCUGCUGACAUCUAGUUAAUAAUGGCAAUGCUAUGAGACACAGGACUGCCCUCCUUUGCAACCAAGAAAGAAUUUUCUGGCCCCCCAGAAGUGGAAGAUGCCGAGGAUUAAAAGCCCCAGUAUCAAGGAGAAUACUUUGAGACCAUUUUUUUUUCCUUACAACAACACAAUAUCCCCACCAAUGUGAGAUGUUAGAUCACAUUUUUGUACAAGGGUGGUUGUGGUAGGUAGAAUACUAAGAUGCCCCAGGAUAUCUGCUUUUUUGUUACAACUCUAAUCAUCCUCUUCCAUAAGGUAUGGCUACAUCUGUGACUUGUUCUAGACAAUUGAUUAUGGCAAAGGUGAGGGGAUGCUCUCUGGCAAUUACCUUUCCUUAUAUCAGAAACAAUAGGAAUCUAUAUUUUCUUUCUAUCUUGUGUUUACUUUCAUAAUAAAGUGAUUUAGAGUAUCCCCCUGUUCAUGGAAAUUUUGCCCUUUAGUCUAAGGCCCUUCAUACAUAAUUGAAUAUUGUUCUUUUUUAAAUUUUAGAUCCAGGGGGUACAUGUGCAGGUUUGUUGCAUGAAUAUAUUGGGUGAUGCUGGGGUUUGGGCAUUCUAGUGAACUCAUCACCCAAAUAGUAAACACAGUGCCCAGUAGGCAGUUUUUCAACUCUUGUGCCCUUCUCCCUUUCCCCUCUAUUGGAGUUCCCAGUGUUUAUUGUUUCCAUCUUUAUGUCCAUGUGUACCCAUCGUUCAGCUUUCACAAAUGAGAACAUGCAGUAUUUGAUUUUCUGUUUCUGCAUUAAUUCACUUAGGAUGAUGGCCUCCAGCUUCAUCCAUGUUGCCACAGAGGAUAUGAUUUGAUUCUUUUUUAUUGCUGCGUAGUAUUCCAUGAUGUUUAUGUACCACAUUUUCUUUAUGUACCACAUUUCUUUAUCCAGUCCAUUGUUGAUGGACACUUAGGUUGAUUCCUUGACUUUGCUAUUGUGAAUGGUUUCUUUUUGAUAAAGUGAGUUAUUUUUCUUUGGGUAGAUACCCAGUAGUGAGACUGCUAGGUCAAAUGGUAGUUCUGUUUUUAGUUCUUUGAGAAAUCUCCAUACUGUAUUCCAUGGGGGUUGAAUUGCUUUACAUUCCCACCAUUAGUGUAUAAGCAUUUCCUUUUCUCUGCAUCCUUGCCAAUAAUAGCCAUUCUGACUGGUAUGAAAUGGUAUUUCAUGGUAGUUUUGAUUUGCAUUUCUGUGAUGAUUAGUGCUGUUGAGCAUUUUUCAUGUUUAUUGGCCAUUUGUAUGUUUUCUUUUGAAGAGUAGGUGUUGUGUUAUCCUUUUUAUUUUAUGUUUCAUAUAAUAUAUGGAGUCAUUUUGUAAACCACAUGCUUCUAGAAGCUGAAGGAAUUUAUAAGGAAAAAAUUUGUCCCUAUCCAGUUAUUGAAAUGUUAAUGAUUACAGUUUUUCAAUCACAUGAGAUUUUUACAUGUUCAUCUAUUCCGCAGACUCACUGUAGUAAUACAUUCCCAGCAACAUUCAGUAAUAAAUGAUUAUUUGAGUACUUGUGCCUUGUAUACUCUAAAUUGUUUAUGAGUAAAAUACUUUAUAUAAGAAUAUACAUUUGAGUGGUAUACAGGAGAAAAAGUAGUAUCUUCCUCACAUCUAUUGCAAGGUUUGUGGCUGAGACAUCUAUAACAAAAGAUAGUUUAACAAGAGACUAGCAUACAAUUUCAUUUUGUGUAAGUUUUAUGUGAUACAGGAGACUUCAGAAAUGAAGCCCCAAAGAAACAGGGAAAUCUGUGUAUUUUUGUGCUUAGUUUUGAUGAAGAGUGGACAGUCAUACAGAAAGAUAGUUGGACAAAGUUCAUGAUCUAAUGAUUAUAAACUAGGAAGAACUUAGCCAGACCUGUUUGUUCAGAUUCUUGUCUGUGUCUCUCUGUCUUCAGAAAUAAGUACAUUCCAUUCCUUCUGUUAUAGGGUAGACAGUUCUGGAAUGAGGGUCUUAGGACCGACUUCAGAAGGUCAGAUAAUUCUGUUAUGUCCUACUUCGGGGAGAGUGUCAGAGAGACCUUCCUGCUUCUACUGUUUUCUCAAAUGCCAAGCUGCCAUAUUUUGGGGAUAGUGUGUCCUGAAAGCGCAUUAGUGGAUUGUUUAAACAAAUACAGUUUUACUUUGCUGUGCUUGCACAAAGGUUCACACAAUCAUUAUUAUAGUAUUGCUUAGUCUGGAAAUAGCAUAAUUAAAUGUUGAAAUAUGUAGUGAUUUAAUACUCUGAUGCUUUAAGACAAAACUGUAACCUAUCGUGCAUAAAUAUAGAAAUGCUGUUUUUAUUACAUAUUGAUUGAAAAUGAGAUAUACUACAUGUUUGGGAGGUAAAGUUCUUUUUCAAAAUGUAGUUUUGCUGAAGUAAAAAGUUUUUUGAAGCAAUAGACCUUGUCUGCAAUUGGUUUAUCUGAGACAUUGUUUUGAAUCUUGAAUAAUUUUAAAAAACAUUAAUUACUUCUUUUUGUUCUGGUGUUAACAACCAGUAGCAUGAAAAAAUAUAAGAAAAAGAUUAUUACUUAAAAUAUUUACUUAUUUGAUUUGAUUAGAACAGAAUUGCUACUCUUUUUUUUAGCAUUUUAAUGACACAAAAAUAGUAUGUAAUUUUACUGCUUGGACAUAUUGAAUUCUGACUUCUCUUUGUGAAAUAUUUUAAAGCUUUUUAUAAAAUUGUUAGAAUUGUAAGCCGAAGGUUUUUCAUGAUCAUCUAAUUAAAUUUUAUCACUUAACUAAGAAACCUGUGUCCCAGAUAAAUUAAUGAGUUGACCAUAGUUUGGGUUCUCAGCCUGCUUUUAUUUUAUUUUACAAUUAUAUACAAAAUAUUAAUAUGUAGAAUAUCAAAAAUAAAAAAUAUUUAAAACCUGGCUAGGUAAGUCCAUAUAGACUUGUAUUUUUUUUAAUCAGGAGAAUUACUGUAUUUGAUGGAGCAAAGAUAAUGUUAGUAUUUUAAUGUGUUUUUUGCUGUGGGUCGAGGAAUGAUUUUAGGAUGUGCUAAAAGAGAAAUGACUAUCCAUCCUAUACCUAGAAUAUAUUUGUUUCCAAAGCCACAAGGUUUCCUAAUUUAGGGGAUCUUGGGCUUAACUUUAUUCUUUGUUGUUGUUGUUGUUGUUGUUUGUUUUUGAGACGGAGUCUCACUCUGUCGCCCAGGCUGCAGUGCAGUGGGCGAGCUCGGCUGACUGCAAGCUCCGCCUCCCGGGUCCACGCCAUUCUCCUGCCUCAGCCUCCGGAGUAGCUGGGACUACAGGCACCUGCCACCACGCCCGGCUAAUUUUGUUUGUAUUUUUAGUAGAGGCGGGGUUUCACCAUGUUAGCCAGGAUGGUCUCGAUCUCCUGACCUCGUGAUCUGCCUGCCUAGGCCUCCCAAAGUGCUGGGAUUACAGGCGUGAGCCACCGCGCCAGGCCAACUUUAUUCAUUUCUUCUAACUGAUAGAUACUGUCUAGGUCUAGCAUAUUGAUGGAAUGGCUUGGAGGAUUUAACAGACAUCUAACCCUGCUGAUGUAAGAGUAUUACAGAGGGUUAGAAGUGUGCAGUUUAAGAAAUAUGACAAAAAUAACACCUGCAGAGAUUAUUUUAUAUACCUUUGGGAGGGUUUUUUUUUUCUGUUUUUACUAUCUUGCUAUUAAAUACAAAGGAAAGGACACAUUUCAUUGAGCAGCAGAGGCAGUGCUAAUGGAAAAGGUAAUUUUACAAAGUUACAGUAAUUUUUUAAUUUUACAGUAAUUUUACAGUAAUUUCACAGUAAUUUUGUGACAGAAAUUUGAAAUCUUAAAUGUUUUCCCAUAUGUUUUCCUCAGUGGGGAUUGAGGGGAAGGAUCCUCAUUAUGAAAAUGGGCUUCAUGACUAUAAACAUGGUUUUAUUUUUUUAAAAUAUAGUGAAUACAUUUCAUUGUUAUCUGCUUAUCUACAGUAUUUUCUGAAAGGCCACUUUGGUUCACAUGUAGGAUUUAAGAUAAAUGUGUUUGAUCUUUGUUUUUAGAUUUCUAAAUUCAUAUUUUAAAGUACUAUAUUUACAUUUCUUUUCUCAUCCAAAGUGGAGCUUUUCUUAUGCUCUUUUAAUUACCUGAGUCUUUAAAUGUUAGAACUCAAAGGUAAAAGAUUUAUCUUUGUGUAAAUAUGAAAAAUAUCUUAAGGUGCAAAAUCAUCCUUUGGGUUUGACCCAAGUGUUUUUACUUUUUAAAUCUCCUUGAUCCUGUUGCAGGGAGAGAGCAUGACUUAUCCUUGUUUAAUACUCUAGCAAGUUGCCAAAGAUAACUAUUAGUUAUUAAUCUCAUUUAUUUUUUUUUUUACAAUCUUUUAUCUUUUAGGUUAGUAAAUACUUUUCAUUUAUUUCUGUAAGCAGGACUUUAAUUUUGGUUAAACCUAAAAAUGAUUUAUUUUUCCUCAGCUAUAUUAAUGUACAUUGGUCAUUGAAACUCAGUGAUCAUUGGACUGAGUACUUUUUGUGUUAAUCACAUUCUGAAAAUGUGACUUCUGUGUUAAAUUUUAAAAAUAUGUUUUCAUUAGAAAAUUAUGAAUCUGUCAUUCAGCUUCUGGAAACAAGGAUUUGUUCCACGUCAUUGUGGACAUAGAAGGUCAAAUAAUUUAAGCAGAGAUGUGCACUAACGUAGAUGUUGCGAAUUCUCUCAUCACUUGAUCCUCAAGCCUUAAGUCAUCAAAGUGGACAUCUUUCUUAGGUUGGCAGAUAGUUCUUUUGAUUAUGAGUAAGUAGUAAACGGAAGUAUUGCCUGUAUCAUCUUUCUCCCUUUACCCUGUUCUAACACAUUGCCAAAGCACUUCUAAAAUUUGCUUUAAUCAGGUGGUUCAGUUUUUUUUAUUAAAUUUAAAUAAGGAUUCUAUCUACUUUUCAUCUCAUUACUGACUUUUGAACAAGUAAUUGACUGUGCUUCCAUUGUAGAUUUAAACUAUAGUUAUAUGUUUCCAUAUAUAACAUAUAAGCCAGGAAUGUUACCUCUGCCUCCCCUGCUUACUACCCUCUCACCAGUAUACCCGCCCUCCCUCCAUAGAAGCCCCCACAACAAUUUGGUAUAUAUCCUUCCAGACUUUUUUCAGUGUAUGCAUAUGCAUAUAUUUAAGUUUAUAUGUCCUUUGGUGAAAUGUCAUGAUUUUCUUAGUAUAAGUUUUUCACAUUUCUUAUUAAAAUUAUGCCUAGAUAUUUUAGUUUUAUCACUAUUUCAGAUGAAGUUUCUUCAUUAUAUUUUCUAGUUGAGUAUUGUUAAUAUUUAAAGUUGAUUUUGCAUAUAAGCCACAUUAUAUACUGUCUCUUUAGUUCUCAUGGUUUUUCAAGGGAUUCACUUUGAUUUUCUAAUUAUAUAAUCUAACAAUAGUGGCAGUUCGUUUUCUCCUUAUAGCCAAUUUCUCUUUCUUGCCUCGUUGCAUUGGCUAGAAUUUGCAAAGUUGAAUAUCAUUCAUGAUAUUCAAUGUCCUUAUUGCCUUUUUCUUCUUUAGCAGAAAUGUUUCUGAUAUAAUAAAAUGGACAAAGUUCUUUUCUAAUCUUGAUCUACCAAUAAUUUUAAAAAAUCAGGAAUGGGUAUUGAGUAUUAAUGUUUUCGUAACAUCUAUUGAAGGGCAUUUUCUGUAGUGAAUUUCAGUUACCUAUUUUCUGAUCCAAUUAUAUGUUUUAUAAUUGGAUAUGUAUUUACUAUUUUUAAGUAAUAUGUAUUUGUUAAUAUGUAUUUAACAUUUUUGCAUUCACCCAAUCAGUGGAAUUGGCCUGAUGCAGGGUGGAGGGAGUGUAAUUAGCAGAAUGUAAUUUUUUUUUGCCCAGCUAUUUGGCAUUUCUUACCUCAGAAAUAUUUUAAAAUAACAAAAGUGUUUAUUAAAAUAUUAGUUUUAAUAUUACAUAUUUUUUCUCUAUGGUCUUCAUUAUGUAUGUAUCCUAUUUGCAGAAAGAUGACCACCUGAUAUUUCUGAAUGGUGCUAAUCAAACUAACAGCAUUUAGAGCCACUUAUAACUGCUGUUGAUACUUAAACUAAAAAAUAAACAAAUAAGCUAAGCUUCCCAAGAAGAAACUCAUUCACUUGCUGUUCUGUGCCAUUCAGAGGGCAUCUAAUUAAAAUUCUCAGUGCCAAAAUGUUUCACCAAUAUCUUUUAUGCAUGAAUAGUUCUCUUAGGUAAAUCAAGAGUCAGUUAUAAUGCUAAUUUUUACAUUGUAUUGAUACUUAGAUCUGUUUUGAAUAAUAUUAAAUAGGCUUUGCUCAUAAGCAGAAAAUGAUCAUUGAAAUUCACAAAUGGUAAGUAUCUUCACAAAGUCUGUUUUAUGGUGUAGAACAAAAAGCAAUCUGCCAACCAAUGUUGGACAUUAUAAUUAUGAAACAAUUUUUGAUAGUUUAUUGGUUUACUGAUGUUCAUUAGUGUCUAGUAAAGUAUAUGAAAAUGAUGUUGGAGGAAAAAUAUCUAAAAUCAACCUUGGAAAUGUGAACAAUGUAUUAUUUUGCCAGGCUUAAUAUUGCUUUUUAAACUUUAUUUAAAUAUACAUUAAGUAUACAGAUCAGAAGCAUACAGCUUCAUGAAUUUUUACAACCUGAACACACAUGCAUGUGAGUAGUACCCAGAUUGAGAAACAGCAUUUCCAGUACCUCAGAAGUUCCCAUUUCAUCCCAUGUUUUUUCGGAUUUCAGCCUUCCAGAGGUAACCACCAUUCUGACUUCUAACAACAUAGAUUAGUUUUGCCUAUUUUUUUUUUUACUUAAAGAGAAUCAUCCUUUAUGUGCUCUUUUGUGACUGGCUUUUUUGCUUAACUUUGUGAAAUUCAUCCAUUCCACGCUAUUUAUUGAUGGUUAUUUGUGUAAAUUUCUGUUUGGGUUAUUAUGUAUAAUACAGUACUAAAAUGAAGAAUCUCGUAUAUAUCUUUUAGUGGAUAUGUGGUUUUCUAAUAUGCUAAUUAGUCCCUGAAAUAUUAGUCACUAGUUAAUAUUCAAACAAUUUAUAUUAAGAGAUAACAAUAAUCUAUUAAUUAUCUGAUCCUUUAUGUUUCUCAAGUUAAUGACAGUAGUAACUUGAUAAGUUUUGUUCCAGCAGACUGUUAAAUUACUGAUAGAUCACCUUGAACUUGUGGAGGAUUAUGCAUUAUUGGAGUGGAUCUGUUUCCGUUUUACCCUUAGUCUUGGAACCUAGUGUUAAAAAAUAAAAAGGCACGGCCUUUCUGAAGUUUUGAUGGAAAGCACAAGGUGUUUACCCACAUUCUGCCUUCAGACUCAGUCUCCCCUGUAACAGGCAGCUGCUGAAAUCUUUGCUCAAUUCUUUCAGCCUUCCCAGCUAUCAUUUUGAAGCCUUGCUCAAUCAUGUACAGUUCAAAAGCUCCCUGCUCUGUGGAUUACUCUUUUCCAGCUGCUCUGGCAAUCCUGGACUCCAUCUCCAGGCUCCUUGCACUGAGAUUACGACUUUCUGCUUGAGUUCUCGAUGCUCCUAGCUUGUCUAGACUAGAGAAUACCUUAUGGGAAACACCAUAUAAAGUUGGAUCUAAAUCCAACUUUAGAUUGGUUCCUUUUUUUUAAAGAUUGAAUUCUCUAUGAGGUUUUUUUUUUUUUUUCUAUUAUUCACUCUCUGGUCUUUGAAAAUUAUUUUUCUGUUUUGUCCAGAGUUUAUAGUUAGCAGAUAAAUCUGAUAUAAUAUUCUGCCAUUACCCAAAUUGGAACUUCAGUAAUUGAGAAAUGAGCAAAUAAAGUCUAAAAAUAAAAGCACAAAUUAUAUUUAGUGGAGGUUGAAAGAGAGAUUGUAUACAGUUGGAGGAGGGUAGGAUAUGAAAGACUUCAUGGAAUAGGUUGGUAUUCAAAGUGAAGCAUGAGGGAUUAUUUGGAUGGACUUCCAUGUGCAGAUAGUAGGAGAGUAUUCCAAGAGGAAGGAACAAAUUGAACUGAUGGGAAAGUACAGCCUGCAUUUAUAAAAACAAUUAGCAACCUGAUUUGACUAGUUGGUUACUUCUCAGGGGAGUAAUUAAAAAGAAGGCUAGAAAAUAGUUCUGUCCAUAUUAUAGAAGUGCUUAAAUGCCAAGGUAGAAGACUGAAGUUAAUGUGAUAAACAGUGAAAACUGUUUGAAAUUUUUGAACUGGGCAGAGAGUGAGUUUCGGAAGUCUUUAGGAAGACUAAUCUUGGUGAAGGGUGCAUUGGAGUCAAGGAGGCAGAAAGUUUAGUUAGGAUGGGGUUAUGGGAAGAAUGAAAAAGAGCUUAAACUGGUGGUGACAGCAUACCUAGCAAAGAACUACAAAAUACAGGAAAUGAAGGAGAAUGAGAAGGGUAGAAACUGAAUGGCUGGAAGAAUAGUGGCUUCUUCCAGUGGAUGAAUGUUAUUACUAUUGGAUACAAUGGAUAUAAGUUGUUCCUAUUUGAUUUCUAUAUGUAUGUAUUCAUAAAUAAAGUGAGGAUAAUAAUAAAGGCUAUACCAUCUUUGCAGGAAACAGAGCUCUGGUCUCCUGGCUCAUGUCUUGUUUCUUAUUCUCAACUAAGCCAAUGUGCCUGUCAACACUUAUCAGAUUACUGCAUCAUAUUUAUGUUGAUACUUCUGUUCUCAGUAUAUAUACUUUAACUAUCAACUGGAAAAUCGUGUGUCUUUGAAAAGGAGGAACCAAUAUAAAAUUAUGAUGUUAUUAGUACUAAUAUAGCCAGCCAUAUGAAGCUCUUCUGCUUACAAAGGGUAGGGGUAGGUUAUGAUAAGAAUAUAUAUAAUUAUAGGAAUCUCAGAGUAGCAACCAUGGUCUGUGACCAGAACAUUGGCAGCAGUAGUUAGUGGGUCUUCCCGUCAAUGAGAGUUACUCCCCAUUGAUUCUCUUCUUUCUAUAUCUCAUAUCUUUCCCCAUCCAAAUUACCUUUUGAAUCCUCCUUUCUAUAUUUUUUACUUCCACAUUUCUAAGCAGUGUUUCAUACAAUGCUAUAUUCACCUCUGAGAGAUUCACAAUAAACAUUUGUAGCAAACAGUGUUCCACCUUGUUAUAAGAAUAAAAGUGGGGUGAGCACAGUGGCUCACGCCUGUAAUCCUAGCACUUUGGGAGGCUGAGGCAGGUAGAUCACUUGAGGUCAGGAGUUCGAGACCAGCCUGGCCAACAUAGUGAAAGCCCAUCUCUACUAAAAAUACACAAAUUAGCCAGGUGUGGUGGUGCAUACCUCUAAUCCCAGCUACUUGGGAGGCUGAGGCACGAGAAUUGCUUGAACCUGGGAGGCAGAGGUUGCAGCAAGCCCAGAUCACGCCACUGUACUCCAGCCUGGGCAACAGAGUGAGAGUCCAUCUCAAAAAAAAAAUAAAUAAAUAAAAGUGACAUUUCUUGAAGUUGGAUUUCCUAAAGAGCCUAUGUAGAUUUGUAAACAUUAACACUAUCCUGCAUUGAAGAAUUCAAUUGGAUGUCAGAUCUUAGAGCUUUAUUUUUUUAGGCUUUAAAAGAAUAUUGUUAAUGAUGGAAGGUUUGUCAAGAGUGGGCGAUCUUCAAAAAGGAGACUCAGAAGAAGUUAAUUUAAGAAAAACAAGAAUGUGUAUUGUUGCAUUUCCUUGGGUAAUGAUAGGACUAGUAAUUUUACACAUCAGUAAUCUUGAUAGUAAAUUUACUUUCCAUUUUAGAAUCCUCCUGAGUUUUUAAAUUCAUCUCAAAUUGUUUUUUUAGAGUUGAAUAAAAUUGUUAAAGACUAACAAUGCCUUUGCAAUUAUGAAUUUUAUUAUUUGACAGUACAUAUUAGAAAAUCUUCCAAAUUUAACACAGAAAAAGGUAUUCCAACUAACAGUUUUAAAGCGAUUAUUACAAAUAAAAUAUUCCAUCAAUAAUGUACUUAUUUGAUUUUAUAGUAGCUGUUUAUUUUAUUUUAAAUAUUGAUUUUGUUUCUCAGCCAAAGCUUAAUGUUAAAUCUUGGAAAAAAAAUUGUUUC